GCACUUCAGGAUUAAUGUAGGCCUACAACAGUAUUACUUCAUGAACCUUAAGAGAAGUAGGCUACCUUAAUAUAAGCAACAUGUCUCUUAACCGGGUCCAUACAACAGACACGGAGCAGUCUGCAGAGUACUCAGUGGAGUAUUCAGUUCGGGUUCCCAGUGAUCCGGGUCAUGGAGCGGGUCGGACGCGUGAAGUGGCCGUGCUCCAGUCGAGCUGCUGCCGCUGCCUGCCGCGCGCAAUGCGCCUCACUUUUGCGCCAGAAUCACUGGAGAGAAUUUACCAGAACUACUUCUGCCGACAGAGACAGGAGAACAUGCUCGUGCUGGUGAUGUUUGCUGCUCUUUUCAACAGCUUCAUCAUCAUCAUGUGCGCGGUGGUGUACACUCAGGACAAACUGGCGAUGGUGGUGGUCGCAGCUGUGGCUCUGGCUGCGGACAUGGUGCUCUACGCGCUCUCCUGGCGACAGAAGCUCCCUGCUUCGCCAGUCUCACGCGGAGCAGUACCGUACAUACUGUGGCUGAUGAUCACCGUCCACGUUUUAUGUUACAUUUUUCUGAAUUUCCAGCGUUUCCCCCAUGCCAGUGACUCUGUGGGCUGGCAGGUCUUUUUCAGUUUCUCCAGCUUUCUGACACUCCCGCUGAACAUGGUGCCGCUGCUCCUGCUCACAGCCCUCUCCUGUGGGAUAUACACCCUGGUACUGGGGCUGACCGUGGCUCAAAGUUUACAGGACAACCUGCAGGGGCCCAUGCUGGCGAGACAGCUCCUAGCUAACGUGAUGCUGUACCUGUGCGCAGCCACAGUAGGUGUGAUGUCGUACUACAUGGCGGACAGGAAGUACAGGACAGCUUUUUUGGAGGCCCGUCAGUCACUAGAGGUCAAACUCACGCUGGAGGAGCAGAGCACCCAGCAGGAGGAACUAUUACUGUCCAUCCUGCCAAAACACAUCGCUGACGAGAUGCUGCAGGGCAUGAAGAACCAGGCCAAUCAGAAUGAGGGACAGCACCAGCAGUUCAACACCAUGUACAUGUACCGCCAUGAAAACGUCAGUAUCCUGUUUGCUGACAUUGUGGGCUUCACCCAGCUGUCCUCAGCCUGUAGCGCCCAGGAGCUUGUAAAGCUGCUUAAUGAACUGUUCGCCCGCUUUGAUAAACUGGCAGAAGAACAUCACCAGCUGAGGAUAAAGAUCCUCGGAGACUGUUACUAUUGCAUCUGUGGUCUUCCUGACUUCAGAGAUGACCACGCUGCCUGCUCCAUAAUGAUGGGCCUAGCGAUGGUAGACGCCAUAUCGUAUGUGCGAGAGAAGACUAAAACUGACGUGGACAUGCGUGUGGGCGUUCACACGGGCACCGUGCUGGGAGGAGUGCUCGGGCAGAAGAGAUGGCAGUUUGACGUUUGGUCCACAGAUGUCACUGUAGCCAAUAAGAUGGAAUCUGGGGGGAUUCCUGGGAGAGUGCAUAUUUCCCAGACCACCAAGGACAGUCUGCAUGGAGAAUUUGAGCUGGAGCCGGGGGACGGCGGGGAGAGGUGCGAGUACCUGCUGGAGAAAGGCAUCGAAACUUACUUGGUUCUAGUGUCUAAACCGGUAGCGAUUGGGCACAGUGAAAAUAAACCAGGCACAUUGUCCAACAGAAAUUCAGACAAGUUGAUCAGCACUACAGCAACCAAUUGGAAUGCAGCCUCACCUCAAUCCACACCCACUGAGUCUAAACAGGAGAGGAAUAAGAUGGUCGAGGAACAAGUGAUCAACAGUCGGCUGCAGCAGGAGCUGCUGGAGAGAGAAACUCAGCAAAUAAUAAAGGAUCAUCAGAUCAACCCUGUGUCGUUGUGUUUUGUGGAUGGAAAGUUGGAGGAGCACUACUCCUCAGAGAAGGAGAAGCGAAGCGGAGCGGCCUUCUGCUGCUGCAUCAUAGUGCUCUUCUUCAUCACAGCAAUGGAGGUGUUUAUAGACCCACUUUUGGCUGUCAACUAUGUGACCUUCGCAAUAGGAGAGGUGUUGUUGAUUAUCCUCGCAGUGUGCUCCCUGGCUGCCAUCUUCCCCAGGAUGUUCUCCAAAAGGUUGGUGUCUUUCUCAGUGUGGAUUGAUCGCACACGGUGGGCCAGAAACACAUGGGCCAUGGCGGCCAUAUUUGUUCUCACCAUGGCUGUGAUCGCUGACAUGCUGAGCUGUGUUCCACCGUCCCUUCGAGUCAUCAACAGCACCUCCGGCCCUGCGCUGGAGUCACUUGGUGACCGAGGCUGUGCAGAGAAUCCAAAGCACUACAGCUUCAUGGCUGUGAUGUCACUCAUCGCCACCGCCAUGUUGGUACAGGUCAGCCACCUGAUUAAGCUGGGCCUCACGAUGCUGGUCGUCACAGCAACUGGAGCUGUUAAUAUCUACAGCUGGAGGGACAUUUAUGACCUGUAUGACUAUAUACAGUAUGCCUCAUACAGAACAUCCAUAGUGCCAUCCAAGUACCUCAUGACUAUGAUGAUCAUUGUCAUGAUGAUUGGAUUCUACUUCUUUGCCCGCCAUUUGGAGUACCAGUCCAGGAAGCUGUUCCUGUGGAAGAUCGGUGUGCAUGACCAGAAGGAGAGGGUGUUUGAGAUAAGACGCUGGAACGAAGCGCUGGUCACCAACAUGCUGCCGGAGCAUGUGGCCAAACACUUUCUGGGCACUAAGAAGAGAGAUGAGGAGCUGUACAGCCAGUCUUACAAUGAAAUAGGUGUGAUGUUUGCUUCCAUCCCCAACUUUUCUGAUUUCUACACUGAAGAGAACAUCAACAACGGCGGCAUUGAGUGUCUCAGGAUUCUUAAUGAGAUCAUCUCCGACUUUGACAGUUUACUAGACAGGGAUGAGUUCCGCUGCAUCACUAAGAUCAAGACAAUAGGAAGCACCUACAUGGCCGCAUCAGGACUCACUCCAGAGAGCAACACGAAUGGAUACAGCAACCGCAAGCCAGAGGACCAGUCACUGAUCGAGCGCUGGCAGCACCUCGCUGACCUGGCUGACUUUGCCUUGGCCAUGAAAGUCACCCUCAACAACCUCAACAAACAGUCAUUCAACAACUUCAUGCUCCGAAUCGGUCUGAAUAAGGGGGGAGUUUUGGCUGGAGUGAUUGGAGCUCGUAAACCUCACUAUGAUAUCUGGGGCAACGCAGUCAAUGUAGCCAGCAGAAUGGAGUCCACCGGUGUGAUGGGAAACAUCCAGGUAGUGGAGGACUGCUAUGACAUUCUAAAGGAGUAUGGCUUCCGCUUUAUCCGAAGAGGGCCCAUAUUUGUCAAAGGCAAAGGGGAGCUGCUUACCUUCUUCAUGAAAGGAAAAGACAAACCCAGCAGCAAUGGCGGUCCAGUGACCACUGCCCUUCCACACCAAGUUGGGGACAUUUGAAUAUUCUCACCUGGUGAAAAUCCGUUAACAUAAGGAUAAGCUGAUUUAUCCACUCUGUUCAAUUUCUUUCAUAUACACAGGUUACCUACAUAGAUCUUUUUCAUAAACUCUGUAGAAAUGUAAAGCAUAUGGAAGUAGACCAAUACAAGGCAGGAGAAAAAGAUGUUCCGUAACAAAAAAAUACUAUUGUGAGCACUACAACUGUGAAAUAACAUUCCGCAACAAAGGAAUUUUAUAACAGAACCUGUUUCUGUAUAGUUGUACAUAAUUCAGGAAUACAGUUGACGAGACAGAGCUCCUGCAUUAAAGAUUUUGAUCAUUUUGAACUUGAUUCAGAGUGCUAUGAAAAUUAUAAGCUUGGAACAGAUAUAUAAAGUCAAGUCAAGUCAAGUCAAAGUUUAUUUAUACAGCACUAUUUAUACAUACAAGCUGACCAAUGUGCUUUACAGAGCAAUAGAAUAUCACACGACAGACAAAACAAGAAAAUUUAAGAACAAAUUAAACACUAUUAAAAGCAAUUGAAUAGAAAUGUGUUUUCAAGAGUGACUUGAAAACUGACAAGUCAGAAGCAGAGCGAAUAUGAAAGGGCAAGCUAUUCCAUAGUGUCGGGCCAGCAAUGGCAAAGGCACGAUAACCUCUGUGUUUUAACCUGUACCGUGAUAUGGAUAAAAGUUUCUGUGUCCCUGACCUAAGAUCCCAGGAAGAAGUGUAUUGCUCUAGAUAUAAACUCAGUUCCUUUGUUGUUUUACCUUGAGCUCAGGUUUUGUAAAAUAAUGUAGCUUAAUCACACUGUAAAUACUGUGUUAAUAAAACAAGUUUGCACUAUA